AUGACGGGCGAAGCACCGCAGUCGACCAAGACGCCUCUUUGGCGACUGAUCUUCGAUCAGGGUGCCGUCACGCAGCCGGUGAUCGAUCAUGCCUACGAGGGCGCCGGCACCGACAAGGAUCCCUUCGUGGUCAAUUGGCUGGAGAAUGAUCCGCGCGAUCCCAUGAAGUACUCGGCCGUGGCCAGGUGGCUGAUCACCUUCCUGGUGGGCAUCGCUACCAUGGCCGUCGCCCUCGUCUCGUCCGCCUACACUGGCGGCAUCGUCGAGGUGGUGACCGACUUUCGCAUCAGCGAGGAGGUGGCCAUCCUGGGCAUCUCGCUGUUUGUCGUCGGGUUUGCGGUUGGUCCCUUGGUCUGGGCGCCUCUCAGUGAGAUCUACGGUCGUCGAUUCAUCUUCAUCGCCAGCUCCUUUGGCCUGACCACGUUCACGGCCGCGUCGGCGGGCUCGCAGAAUAUCUGGACACUCAUUAUCCUGCGCUUCUUCGCCGGCUGUCUGGGUUCGGCGCCAUUCGCCGUCGCUGGCGGCGUGAUUGCCGACUGUUUUCCGGCCAUCAGUCGCGGACUGGCCAGCGGUUUGUACUGCGCCGCGCCUUUUCUCGGGCCAACCCUGGGGCCCAUUAUCGGCGGCUUUCUGUCCGAGUCGGCCGGAUGGCGCUGGGUCGAGGGCCUGCUGGCCGCCUUCUCGGGGUUGCUCUGGAUCAUCAUCAUCCUUACGCUGCCCGAAACCUACGCCCCUGUCCUGCUGCGCAAGCGCGCCGCGCGCCUGUCGUCCAUCACGGGCAAGGUCUAUCGCAGCAAGGUCGACGUCGACCAGGGCAAGAAAUCGGCCGGCGCCGUGCUGAAGACUGCCCUGUCGCGACCCUGGGUGUUGCUGAUUCGCGAGCCCAUCGUGCUGCUCCUGUCCAUCUACCUGUCCAUUAUCUACGGAAUUCUGUACCUGCUAUUUGCCGCCUAUCCCAUCGUCUAUCAGCAGGGUCGUGGCUGGAGCGAAGGGAUCGGCAGUCUUCCCUUCGUGGGUAUCCUGGUGGGCAUUCUGUUCGCCGUCGUGGCCACCUUCCCCAUGUACUUCCGGUAUAAGAAGAAGGUCCUGGCGAUUCAAGGCCGCGUGCCCCCGGAGGCGCGACUUCCCGACUCCUUCAUCGCCGCUCUCGCUCUGCCCGCCGGUCUGUUCUGGUUUGCGUGGACGAACUCGCCAUCGGUGCACUAUAUGGCCUCCAUUGCCGCCGGCGUCCCCUUCGGCUACGGCAUGGUCAUGGUCUUUUUGCCCGUGCUGAACUACCUCAUCGACGCCUACACCAUCUACGCCGCCUCCGUGCUGGCUGCCAACGCGGCCCUGCGCUCCAUCUUCGGCGCCGUCUUUCCUCUGUUCACCACCUACAUGUAUCGCGAUCUCGGCAUCCACUGGGCCUCGUCUAUUCCCGCCUUCCUGGCCGUCGUUUGCGUACCUAUGCCCUUCCUUUUCUAUCGCUACGGUGCCGCCAUCCGCACGCGCUGCCACUACGCCGCCGAGUCCGAUGCUUUCAUGGAGGCCCUGUUCGGCAAGAUGGCUCAGCCCACCCCGGAGCCCACGAAAGACCAACCGGAGAUGACGACCGGUGAAGAAACCAGGCAGGAGCCCGGACAUGUCUAAUGAUCGGUUGCAGGGGAUCGAGCGACAGUCGGCAUGCUGUGGUUUCAUUAUCUCUCCUCAGGGUUUAUCUAAUAAUACUUCUUCAGGGUGAAAGGAGGGUUAGCGCACGUCGUGACAGAUAUUAGUUUAACGGG